UCUUUCUUUCUUUCUUUCUUUCUUUCUUUCUUUCUUUCUUUCUUUCUGCCUGUCCCUGGCUUGCGCACUUGCGUGCUUGCUCUCUCUCAAAAAAUAAAACUAUGAAGCGGUGAUACAUGAUUUAUACAACUAGUUAAUAGAAAACUAAGAAAAGCCCUUGUUAGCUUGAAUGAAGUAAAAUGAAAGUAAGACUGCUUUAAUCCAAAAAAACCCAAAUUCUAAUGCAUUAUCAGAAAGAUUUUUCUAACAUAAGGAGACAUUACUCAUUAAGAAGGAGUUUGGUAAGAAAAGCACUUACUCAGUUAACAACUUUGGGAAUGAUCAGUUAGUUCAAAGGGGUAUUAAAUGCCCAGUUUGGGGGGAAAUGUCAGGUGCAAGAAAAAGGAAAAGUGGAGGAAACAGUUUCUGAUAAUACAAGCCUUUCUUCAUGAACUGCAUUUGACAGAAAUUAACCUUUAAAAAAAGUCCCCCCUACCGUUUUAUUUAGUUUAACUAUUCCAUGUACAAUAUAGUUUAAAUUAAUUUCCACUUCAUAUUAUGUCAGAAAACUGUCUUAUCCUUUGAUCACAUCAAGUGUUUGACACAUUCGACUCCAGUACACCUGCACCUAAAGGCAGAAUACUUAAUUCGAGGAAAUAUGUGAAUUGAAUUCCUGUUCAAAAUCUCAACAAAGGUUAAUAAACUAUUUUAAAAAUGCUUUUCAUGACAAAAUCAAGAAGAGCGAUCCAAAGAAAAGGGUUUUUAUAAGUUAUUUUUAAAUUGAAGUAUAAUUGACAGUGUUAUAUUAGUUCUACUGUGUUACGUAUAUUGCAGUGUAUUCAGUAUAUGUAGUAUAAUAUAUUCAGUGUAUUAAAAUACAGUGACUCAACAUGUAUAUACCUUAUGAAGUAAUCACCAAGAUAAAUCUACCUACCAUCUGUCACUGUACAAAGUUAUUUAAUAUUAUUGACUGAAUUCCCUAUGCUGGACGUUGUACCCCUCAUGUCUUAACUUAUUUUAUAACUGAAAGCUUGUACCUUUUACUUCCCUUCCCCUAUUUUGCCCAUCCCCUUCCACCCCAUACAGUAGAUUGUUGUGUAAUGAGCAUGGGUUGAUGAAUUAUUGAAUGUGUUAAAUGGCAGUGUUUAUUUAAGGACACUGUACCGCUUUAUGUACGGAAAACUAGUUAGAAGGUAUAUGCAUUUCCUCACGUCAGGCUACAGUCUUACAGGCAAAGGCAUUUAAAAACUAGUGCUUAGUGUGGAUAGCACAUCAAUGCAACUAGGUUCAGAAAGUACUUUGGCAACUCUUAGUCUGAGCACGAAUAAGGGCUUUGGAAAAAUAAGGCGGUAAGAAGGCUUGUCAUUUUAGGAUCAAAUUUUAAUAGAUGUUGAAAGUUCAAACUCUUAGACUUUAAACAAAACUGAAAUUUAUUGGCUCAAAAUGAUUCUAUGGAAACAACUAGUCUGAAACAAAACCUUGGCAUUGAAAUUUUGAGCAAGUGUACAAAAGUUCCAAGUAGGACAGGACACGGAAGGCCUGGGCUCUGCAAUUUACAACAGCAUGCAUUUUCUCCUCUUCUUGUCAUAGAGGGUGGGCAAGGUUGUUUGAAAACAAAGUAUUCUCUUCUUCAGGAAUGGAAUGUGAAAUGAAGCUAUUACAUUAAUAUUGUUAAUUAUAUACAUCUCUUUCCUUAGUUUUUGAGUAUUUGAUCUGUCAGGGGUCGAUAAGAGUUGUAAUUUGUCACUACUGUUGAUUUUUGUUUUCUGUCUCAUAGUUUUUUGUUUUUAUAUAUUUGCAUGCUGUUUUAUUUGAUACAAAUUCAUAAUGACUUUAAAUUCAAGAUAGAGUAGAGAACAUACAAUUUACUUUUUUUGCCCUUUCAAAAUCACAUUGAGGAAGAAAUAGAAAAAUAAAUUCAGGGAAACAAAAGAACCUGAUAGGUAUGCUACUUGCAAACCAAAGUAUGAUAAAUUUCUGGUUGAAUAAAGCACUUGGGAAUCAAUUCAUGGCAAAACCCUAGAGAGCUUAGUGGCCUUGUUCAGAAAGUUGGAAGGACCAUCCAAAAAUUAUAUUCUGCAUUAUCCCCAGUGUCAAAAGCAGGCAUGUCCUAGGAGAAGGAGCAAGCCUUGGGCACAGCCAGAUAAUUAAAGGUAUGAAAAGCUAAGUCAUUUACCUAUUAGUAUAGAUGUCUUCUAGUGUGGGUUUCCUCCUGAGAGAAUGCCAGAAAUUCAACUUUCUGAUUUGCAAAGUCGUCCAUAGGAAAUUCCAAAGUAGGUCCUGUGGGGAAAAAGGAACAGUGCUUUAGGUAGCUUGUGGCUAUCCUGAGGGAUGGCGGACCUCCAGUACCUGGAAGAUGGGAUACUUGCCCACCAUUAAAAAAAAGCCUGGCUGGUUGCAUGGCUCCUUUGUCUUCCUUGGACUCCUUCUUCUAGACUCUAGACCUCUAAAUGUGGUCAUAAUUUAGGUUCAUUGCAAGCGAAGAUUCUCACUUGAGCUGGGUAAAUAUAACCUAGCUAUCAGAAUGUAACUGAUUUAGAUCUUCAUCUACAGAUAUGAAUGGACAACCUAGAAGAAUCAUGCUUUUGAGGAAAAUCAGCAGCCUGAAAGAGAGGCACCAAAUCCAACUGACUGAAUAAUGAGACAGCAGAGGAGACAGUUUAAUAUAGAAUACAGAAUUAACUUUAAAUCUUCAGAGACAUUUGGUAAGAUACUGUAUCCACUAAAAGAGAAAAGAUUGCUGUGAAAAAGUUUAUUUUGAUAUUAAAAUAUGACCUUUUAGAUAAAAUUCAGUAGAUAGAGUGAAAAUCAAAGUAGUUAGCUUAGAAGAAAGAGUUGAGGGGUUCUGAGAAUGUAGUACAAAGAAUAUAUGAGAGGAAAAUUAAGGUAACAUGGAGGCUAGUUUUAGGAGUCCUUGCAUCCUACAGUAGAAAUUCUAAUAUGAAUGAACAGAGAAAAUGGAAGAAAGUAUAGAAACAACAGAAGAAAAUUCCUUGAGUUCAAGAAAAACUCGAGCCUUCCCCCCCCCCCCCAAGUAAUCUUUAUGCCCAACAUGGGGCUUGACCUCACAACCCUGAGAUCAAGACUUGCAUGCUCUUAUGACUGAGCCAGCCAGACGCACCUUAGAAGGGUUCAAGUCUUUUGAUUGGAAGGGCCUGUUGGGUUCUGGAUAUAAGACACCAGAGCUUGUUAGAGAGGUAGCAGUGAAAAUAGAGGACUUGAUGAAUUUACGAGUGGCUAGCGUAGAGACAAAUUUAAAGGUUGAGUUGGUAAGAGAAGUGAAAUAGAAUUCCACACGUGAAAAUUAGGUAUCCAGGGACAUGUGGGUGACUCAGUUGGUUAAGUGUCCAUCUCUUGAUUUUAGCUCAGGUCAUGAUCUUAGAGUUCAGUUCGAAAGAUGGAGCCCUUUGUCUGGCUCUGAACUGACAGGAGCCGGCUUGGGAUUCUUUGUCCCUCUGCCCCUCCCCCACUCACAUGAACGAACUCUGUCAAAAUCAAUAAAUAUUAAAAAAAAAAAAAGAAAAUUAGGUAUCUGAAGAAAUGGCCAACAUCAAACAACAUGGGGGAAAAAUUGGAAAGAAAUGUAACUUAAGAGAGAAGAUUGAAAUGUAAAUUUUCACCAGUUCCACUUUCACUCUAAGAAAAAUUCUGUUAGGGGUACCUGGCUGGCUCAGUUGAUAGAGCAUGUGACUUUUGAACUCAGGGUCAGGAGUUCGAGCCCCACGUUGUGGGUAGAGUUUACUUAAAUAAUAAUAAUAAUAAUUCUUUUAGAGACAGAUCAGGUUUUUGCCUUUCCUGCAGCUUGAGCAAUUUCACCUCCAAUAUGUAAGUACAACUGGUUCUCUGAGUUUGACUUAGGGAGAGGGACUAGAGUUGAGUCAUAAAAUUAAAAGGCAGUGAGUUUCUGGGAGGCCGAAAGCAGAAAAGUAAUUACUGUAUGUGUAUUAGCUGCAAAAAGCGAAGUUACACGUAAGCACCCUUUUAACUUGCCCACGAGGGAGAUCAUCAAAGUGUCUAGGCAUCAAGAGAUCCACAAGGGAAAUGUCCUAUAUUCAUUAUCACUAAUUUAAGAUCGAUAAAUGCCCUUGCUAUACCUAUUAACUUGGUAUGGUAUUUUUAUUGUUUUAUUUUAAGGAAUGAAAGAAAGUUUUUGUGAAUUUCCUGAGUUUCUCUCAACCCAUGAUUUCCCUUAAAACUGUAUGUUUUUCUAUUGUGAAUUCUUCCACACCAUGUUUAGGAUCAUGACUUCUGCAACUGGGAAGGGAAUAUUUUACUGAGCUUGAGGUAGAGUGGGGUCCCAGAAGUAUUUUGAGGACAUUUGAUAAUCAGACAAAAUGUUAGUAUGUCUCCAAGUUGUUAGUCUUGGUUCUGUGAACUAUUCUGGUUUGAAUUCUCCAAAUUCAAGUGAUCUCUGGGCUUGGUUCUUGCAGCAAAGGUAGGAACAAUUUCAGUUACAUUAUUUGUGCCUGUUCCCUACUCUUAGACUUUAUCACAGUCCUGAGAACUCUUCUGAGUAGGUUCUGUUCUAAGAACGUUGGUUUCAUUCUGGUUGUCAGAGAGAAUUACUUCUAACCACAUAGGGGUUACACAGUUGAAGGACAGUCAUCUCUGCUUAGAAGUAAAAACACGUUUUUUCCUCAUUGGAGUUUUUGUAAUGACAAAAUAGAAGGAAAAUGAAGCAGUCAAAACUGUUUAAACAAUUACUGCUUACCUAAGUCAAAAUAAGGAGCUGUGACUGAUGAGAAUCAAAGGCCAUGGAUGAAGAUGGACUUGAAUUACAACCACAAGAGCCAAACUCGUUUUUUGAUGCAACAGGAGCUGAUGCUACACACAUGGAUGGUGAUCAAAUUGUUGUGGAAGUACAAGAGACUGUUUUUGUUUCAGAUGUUGUGGAUUCAGACAUAACUGUGCAUAACUUUGUUCCUGAUGACCCAGACUCUGUUGUUAUCCAAGAUGUUAUCGAGGAUGUUGUUAUAGAAGAUGUCCACUGCCCCGAUAUCAUGGAAGAAGCAGAUGUAUCUGAAACGGUCAUCAUUCCAGAGCAAGUGCUGGACUCAGAUGUAACCGAAGAAGUUUCUUUAGCACAUUGCACGGUCCCAGAUGAUGUUUUGGCUUCCGACAUUACUUCAGCCUCAAUGUCUAUGCCAGAACAUGUCUUGACGAGUGAAUCCAUACAUGUGUCUGAUGUUGGACAUGUUGAACAUGUCGUUCAUGACAGUGUAGUAGAAGCAGAAAUUGUCACCGAUCCUCUGACAACGGAUGUCGUUUCCGAAGAAGUACUGGUAGCAGAUUGUGGCUCUGAAGCAGUCAUAGAUGCCAAUGGGAUCCCUGUGGACCAGCAAGAUGAUGACAAAAGCAACUGUGAGGACUACCUUAUGAUUUCCUUGGAUGAUGCUGGCAAAAUAGAACACGAUGGUUCCUCUGGAAUGACCAUGGAUGCAGAGUCGGAAAUCGAUCCUUGUAAAGUGGAUGGCACUUGCCCUGAAGUCAUCAAGGUGUACAUUUUUAAAGCCGACCCUGGAGAGGAUGACUUAGGUGGCACCGUAGACAUUGUGGAGAGUGAACCUGAGAAUGACCACGGAGUUGAAUUACUUGAUCAGAAUAGCAGUAUUCGUGUGCCAAGGGAAAAGAUGGUUUAUAUGACUGUCAACGACUCUCAGCAAGAAGACGAAGAUUUAAAUGUUGCUGAAAUCGCUGAUGAAGUUUAUAUGGAAGUGAUCGUGGGAGAGGAGGACGCUGCUGCCGCGGCGGCCGCCGCCGUGCACGAGCAGCAGAUGGACGACAACGAAAUCAAGACCUUCAUGCCAAUAGCGUGGGCGGCAGCUUACGCAAUAAUUAUUGGCCCUGAUGGACAUCCAUUGACUGUCUAUCCCUGCAUGAUUUGUGGGAAAAAAUUUAAGUCCAGAGGUUUUUUGAAAAGGCACAUGAAAAACCAUCCCGAACACCUUACCAAGAAGAAGUACCGCUGUACUGACUGUGAUUACACUACCAAUAAGAAGAUAAGUUUACACAACCACCUGGAGAGCCACAAGCUGACCAGCAAGGCCGAGAAGGCCAUCGAAUGCGAUGAGUGUGGGAAGCAUUUCUCUCACGCUGGGGCUUUGUUUACUCACAAAAUGGUGCAUAAGGAGAAAGGAGCCAACAAAAUGCACAAGUGUAAAUUCUGUGAAUACGAGACAGCUGAACAAGGCUUACUGAAUCGCCACCUUUUGGCGGUCCACAGCAAGAACUUUCCUCAUAUUUGCGUGGAGUGCGGUAAAGGUUUUCGUCACCCGUCAGAGCUCAAGAAGCACAUGCGAAUCCAUACUGGGGAGAAGCCGUACCAGUGCCAGUACUGCGAAUAUAGGUCUGCAGACUCUUCUAACUUGAAAACGCAUGUAAAAACUAAGCAUAGUAAAGAGAUGCCAUUCAAGUGUGACAUCUGUCUUCUGACUUUCUCAGAUACCAAAGAGGUGCAGCAACAUGCUCUUAUCCACCAAGAAAGCAAAACACACCAGUGUUUGCACUGUGACCACAAGAGUUCGAACUCGAGCGACUUGAAACGACACAUAAUUUCAGUCCAUACGAAGGACUACCCCCACAAGUGUGACAUGUGUGAUAAAGGCUUUCACAGGCCUUCUGAACUCAAGAAACACGUGGCUGCCCACAAGGGUAAAAAAAUGCACCAGUGUAGACAUUGUGACUUUAAGAUUGCAGAUCCAUUUGUUCUAAGUCGCCAUAUUCUCUCAGUUCACACAAAAGAUCUUCCGUUUCGGUGUAAGAGAUGUAGAAAGGGAUUUAGGCAACAGAACGAGCUUAAAAAGCAUAUGAAGACACACAGUGGCAGGAAAGUGUACCAGUGUGAGUACUGUGAGUAUAGCACUACAGACGCCUCGGGCUUUAAACGGCACGUUAUCUCCAUUCAUACGAAAGACUAUCCUCACCGUUGUGAGUACUGCAAGAAGGGGUUCCGACGACCUUCAGAAAAGAACCAGCACAUAAUGCGACAUCAUAAGGAGGUUGGCCUCCCCUGAUAGUCCUUCUACAGACAUUUAUGGAGAUGUUGGCCUUGAAGCAGAAAUCUCAUUUUAAAGCCAGUCAGUCUCGUUCACAUACAAUACUGUAUAUUGAUUUAUGCUGUGUACAAAUAGAAUUAUUGCUUCUAGUUGAGUUUUGUUGGUUUUUUUUUUUACAUUUUGUUUAAUAGUGUGUUCUGAAUUCUAUUCAGUUUGUUUAAUAAAUGGGGGAAAGCAGCAACAAAUAAGUUGCUUUUAAUAAAGUAAUCCUUGAUGCUAUACUGGAUUUUUCUAUCUUACAAGUUUUAUAUUUAUUUAAAUAUUUACCUUGCUUACCUUGAUGGUACUCUUCUAAGACCAUUUAACUUAAAGUUAAGGUAACUUUAGAUUGGUAACUCUGAAAGUAUUCGUGUUGACUCAUUUUUUUUUUUCCCCAUGAAUUUCUCACAAUAAAAUUGUCAGAGACAUCUAUUAACAUAAACGGGAGAUUUUACAGUCAGGUCUAAUUAUCCUAACAUGGAAGUCCUUGACUUGUCUUGCUUGCUCUUCUCAGACCACAUGACAGUGAAAGUUUCCAUUUGAGCUUUUGCCACCCGGGCAUCGCUGAGGAAAGAACAGUGGCUGGGUUCGUCUUUACUUUUCAUUUCGUUGAGCAGACAAGCUGUACUUUUUGCAAGGCGGGGGGGGGGGGGGGGGGGGCUUUCUUUGGUGUAUUUACAUCUUUUGUCAGCAUAGCAGACUUCUAGAAAACUUCCUUGACAAAUUUGGCUUGAUCAUGUUGUAUUUUGAUUAUUCCGUCUGUGCUGCUCUGUCUCAGAAUGGUUGUGUGUUACAAAUGAGAUUAUCGAGGACUGCAUUUUGGAAUCUCCUUGAGGUAAUUCGUGGCUUGUAGGAUCUUUUGCGACUUUAUAUAUGUAAAUGUACCCUGAAUUAUAUAUAUGCACAUAUAUAGAGAACAUGUAUCUGUGUGUAUUGCUUAUUUUACAUAUUUAUACACACAACCCCAGUAGUAGUUGUUUAAGAUCUAUAAUGAAAAGUAUUAAAUUUACAAUAACACGAAAGAUGCAGGGAUGCAUGAGAGAGCAUUUUGUAAAUCAUGCUCUUCAGAGAGACUACUCAGGUGAAGAAUUAGAAGGAAAAUAAGGACACUAGUAUUUUUAAAGAGUUAAAGGUAUUUUCUUUUAAAUAUCUUUGGUAAUUGAAAAAUAGACGUUACGAUGUUUCUAGAUAGAAUGUUUUCAUACAACUUCAGCUCCAUGCCUUUAUAUUUUUCUGAAAAGCUAAUGAGCAUCCAGGCAGAACUCCCUCCGUUCUCUCAGAGAAACUCUUGAGGGAACUCUGUGUCUGUCACCCAGUGAAGGGGGAUUAAGGAAGCCACAGCUCCGUGUCCCAGAGAUUGGGUGCUAAUGAUGACUUCCGCUUGGCAGGUCCAGCCUGCUCUGUUACGUCUUAGUUACAGUUAGCAAACUUUAAAAACCUGAACACUCAAAUUGGCUUUGGUUAGAAGAUAAAGGUGUGUUUAAGUGCGUGAGGAAAAUCUGAGGCCUUAUUUGGAACAUCCCCAAGUCUUUCACGGUUUUGUUUUUCUUUGAGAGUUGGUAUUUUUUAAACAGUUCUGAAUCAGUUCAGAAGCGCAUACACUGAAGUCAGUUACUUAGAAUUGGAUCAUGCGAAGAUGGAUCUUGGAAAAUGCAGAACAGUUUUUGGGGUCCUUUAGAUGGGAUGUCAGCAUGUGAGUAUCCGGCACGCUGUAGGAGAUUUAGUAAGGACUUUGCUUCCCACCUGAUAGCUGCCUUGCCACUUCAUGAUGGUGCUCCUUCCCCUUUGUGCUGUUCGGGUUUAACCUUUCAUCUUUCUCUUUGCCAUUGAUACUUGUAUUCAAGAAUUCUAUUUAUAGGGUUAGAAAUCUAAAUAUUUGGUGUUUGGCAAGCCUCUGAAGUGCUAGAUUGAUUUCAUCCACUUGGAAAUCAAGUGCUUUAGGCUGGUAUGAACUCCAACCUGAAUGCCAGUUAAAGCCAAGGCAUGGGCCCAUCCCAGCGGGAGCUCCUGUGCUCUCUUGGCCCCAUAAACAUUCUUUUUUUUUUUUUUUUUUUUUUAAGCGUAACUUACAAUUGUGUGAUUCAUUGCCCUGCAGUACUAUUCUUGAAAGCUCUGUCUGUUUUUUUGUGAGAACCUUUAAAAUCUCCCUUGAUUUCUUUUUCCCAGAAGUCAUGUAAAAGAAAACACUUAAGUGAAAGUGGAAAGUUAUUAACUUUAAAACAUGCUGUAAAAUUAGUACAGAAAAUAUAAAGAAUUGGUCAUUUAACUAUAUUUUUUUAAAUAAACUGAAAGAUAAAGAACACAACACUGUACACACUUUAUAUUUCUCUUACAUAGUCUGGAAUCAUACACAGCUAUUUUCUUUUUAAAGCACAAUAUUGAAACCUUUAAAAGGUAUUUAAGGGUUUGGUCAAGUGAAUAUGAUAAGAUGUAUUUGUCUGUAUAAAGAGAAAAUGAACUUGUAGUCACUGUUAUGUACUGACAUUAGUUACAACCUAGUUUUAAUUCUUAAAACAAUUUUGAUUAGCAAAGCUAAAAAAAAUGGAUGUUUCAGUUAAAUGUUUUAAAGAGGUACAGAUUUUUACAAGGACAUAAUAUAAGUUAUUGUUCUGUAGAAAUAUCCUAUUAAAUAUUGUAUGUCCCUCCCUCUGUACACUUUGUAAAAAAAGUAAAAUACAUAAAAAGAAAAUCAUAUAGGGAUGUGUGACAUUAUUGUAAUUGUGUACUUGAGAAUAACGUGCAAAAAUAAAAAUCAGAAUAUUUUCCUGUUAAUGGAUGUUUAGUCUAUUUGAUACCAGUACUAAGUUAAUGCUUUUUCUUAAGGAAAAAAAUGUACAGUUUUUGUAAACCUAAUAAACAUCAAAAGCAGUGGAUUA